AUGGGAGUGACGAUAAUUUGUGUAAGAAGAUGCUUCAGAUCAAAAGGAAAACCUGCUGGAAUCCUGAUGGGGCAUCUGGAAGGAAUUACGUUUCUUGACAGCCGUGGAGAUGGUCGUUAUUUCAUUUCAAAUGGAAAGGAUCAGACUAUCAAGCUUUGGGAUAUCAGAAAAAUGUCCUCUAAUGCCACACGGAGUCCAGGAUUCAGGAACUAUGAAUGGGAUUACAGAUGGAUGGACUACCCACUUCGGGCACGAGAUGUGAAACAUCCAUCUGAUCAAUCUGUUUCCACAUAUAAAGGUCAUUCCGUGUUGCGUACACUAAUACACUGCUAUUUUUCACCAGAAUAUAGCACUGGCCAGAAGUAUAUAUAUACCGAAUCACAUGACUCCUGUGUUUAUAUAUAUGAUUUGGUGAGUGGAGCUCAAGUUGCGAGACUUGUGCACCAUAAGUCAACUGUGCGAGACUGCAGUUGACAUCCUCAUUACCCAGUGCUUGUUAGUUCUUCAUUUGAUGGAGAUAUUGCAAAGUGAGAUUUUCCUGCUCCUGGUAAUGGAGACAACCUGCUUCCUGUUAACAAUAGGCGACCCCGAAGACGACAUUUUGAUUGAAAAUAAAAUAUAAGGAUUUCAUGGAAAUGAUUUGUUGUUCAUUUGCUUUUUACACAAAAGGAUUGUAUAUACAAGAAUAUAGAUAAUAAAUCCUUUUUAGUUGAAUAUUUUGUAUAUGUAAUAUAUUUUUAUUCUAAAUGUUGCUACUUUGCACAUAUGGCUCAGUCUUUUGUCUGUGGUGGGUUCUCCUACUUUGCACAUAUUUUCGAC